CUCUACACGACGGAGCGGCAAAUCGCGUCUUCUCCAACUCGCAAGCCGCUCGCUCGCUCUCCUUUUCUCCCCUUCUGUCUCCUCCCUUCCUCUUUCCUUUUCAUUCUCCCUCCUUCCUUCUCCUUCUCUCUCUCUUUUUCUUUCUUUCUCUUUCUCUCUUUCCUUGUCCGUUCACGCAUCUUGCUUCUCUCUCUCGGUGUAUCGGUCCCUCCCUGCGUUCGUCGCACUGUUCCUUAUCCACCCGUUGUUGUGUGUGCUCCUUUUUCCUCGGCCCAUUCAUCCUUCUCGGUCCACCUUUCUGUCUUUUUCUUAUCCGAUCGUUUCUCCGCGCGCGAGCGUGUGCUGCCGCGCUUUCCUCUCGCCGCGAGUCUCUCCGUCCUCGUCCUACGGCCUACAGCUACCUGGCCGUGUUACGGCGGGGUUCCGGAUACGCGCGUCGACUUCGUCAACGUUGUCGUGCGGUACGUUCUACCAAGAAUUCCAGUGCCACGUCUCGAGUAGCGGCGAUCGGUCGGUUUGGUUGGUCGCUUGCUUGCUCUGUCGGUUGUUCCGUUCGACAGUAUCGUCGCGUGUAUCAUCCAAUGUGUAAUACAGCAUUCGUGAUAAUGUUUAUCGUUUACCGUGUUUUUUCUUUCGCGACGGGUUUAAAAAGUUGAUACGAUACGAGUGUGUAACAGUCGUUAGGUCUCUCGGAGGAAGGAACUCGUGGGUGUUGUUCGUUGUCUUUGAUACACGUGACAGUUCGGUGUACGCUUGGAAUUAUUGCUUAUACCUUAACGUGUAUAUAUAUACGUGUACAUAUUGAACGAAAAAUUUCGUUGUAGGCGACGACCAGCGUCCUCGAAAUAUACGACCCGAGAAAGAAACGAAAAUCGAGAGGGGAGGAGGCACGCCACUAUCGCAACAACGGGUCGCAAAAGUGAAUUUUGAAGGAAGAAUCGAGAGUCUUCCAUCGACUUGAAGUGCCAUACAGUAAUAAUAAACCUUCCAUUAAGAUAAGUUUACCGCUCUUAAGUAAGUUGUGUGUUUUCAACUUUACGAAACUAUAAUACGCGAGAAGAGAGAGAGAGAUUGACAUUGAUCCGAAAGGGAACAAGGAGAAACGUCAGUGUUUUUGUUUUUUUUGUGCGUGUACGUCACGUAUGUUGGCGAACGAAGGGAAAACGAGACAGUGAAAAAAGAAAAAAGAAAAGAAAUAAAGUUACGGCAUACGCGAGAAAGAGGAAAGGAAAGAAACGAGAGGAAGAAAGGGCCGAUGAACAAGGGAAGACGUCGUUCAGUCGUUGGCUGGUUACGAAACAACCUCGUAAGAAGAUUCGUAGCGGGCUUAACUGGUUAACGAGAUGUCCACUCAGGCUUAUUACAAGGAGAGGCUCGGCUUCGAUCCGGCCGAUACCGUGGCUGAACACCACCGUGAGCAGAGAUCGCAGCACGGAUACGAGGAGUCUCUGUCCAAGUUCAAAGGUCAGAACGAAAAUGGAUAUUCGUGGAUGAUGGAACGACGGGUGGAAAAUUGGCGGGUGGAAGGGGCGGCCGCGGAGGAACACCGUUCCGGCAGCACUCAGGCUUUCUGGGGUUGCUGGGCGAUGUUCAUCGAGGCGCACGACGAACGAGACGCGAUACAAAAGAAAACAUUUACCAAAUGGGUGAACAAGCAUCUGAAAAAGACUUACACGUGCCUGCACGUGUGCGUCCUUGUCAACAAUCAACCAUGCUGUUCCCCCACUGCCAGCAGACAUGUCGGAGAUUUGUUCGAAGACCUGCGGGACGGGUACAACCUCAUUUCCUUGCUGGAGGUUCUCUCGGGCGAGCAUCUCCCGCGAGAACGAGGUCGGAUGCGUUUCCACAUGCUGCAAAACGUGCAGAUGGCUCUUGACUUUUUACGUUAUAAGAAAAUCAAACUCGUCAAUAUACGUGCCGAGGAUAUCGUGGAUGGAAACCCAAAGCUGACCCUAGGUUUGAUAUGGACCAUCAUACUACAUUUCCAGAUAUCCGAUAUCGUGGUUGGUCAGGAGCCUAAUGUGACCGCCCGGGAGGCGCUUCUGAGAUGGGCCAGACGAUCGACGGCGCGCUACCCCGGAGUACGCGUCACGGAUUUCACCGGCUCGUGGAGGGAUGGAUUGGCAUUCAGCGCGUUGAUCCAUCGGAACAGACCAGACCUGGUCGAUUGGAGGAACGCUCGUGCCAGUCAACCGCGAGAGCGGCUCGAUCGUGUGUUCAACGUCGCGGAGCGCGAGUAUGGCGUUACGAGGCUUCUCGAUCCUGAAGACGUGGACACCCCCGAACCGGACGAGAAGUCCUUGAUAACGUAUAUCUCUUCGCUCUACGACGUGUUCCCGGAGCCGCCGCCCAUUCACCCGUUGUACGACGCCGAGGCCCAAAGGCGGUCCGAGGAGUACAGGGAGCUCGCGAGCUCCCUCCACCUGUGGAUCCGCGAGAAGAUGUGCCUGAUGCAGGAGCGCGCCUUCCCCCCCACUUUGAUCGAGAUGAAGAAGCUCGCCGCGGACAGCACGAAAUUCAAGAACGAGGAGGUGCCGCCCCGUUACAGGGACAAGCAACGGCUCUCCUAUCUGUUCAGGGAUCUGCAGAAGUACUUCGAGGCGGUGGGCGAGGUGGACAUCGAGGCCGAGCUUCACAUCGAGGUGAUCGAGAAGAAUUGGAACCGAUUGAUGAUGCUCCACCAGGAGAGGGAGCAGGCUAUAGUCGACGAGAUAAAACGGCUCGAACGGCUGCAACGAUUGGCGGAGAAAGUGCACAGAGAGAUGAAAUCGACCGACAAUCGGCUGGAGGAGCUGGAGAGAAGGGUGGAGGACGAGGCGAGACGCCUCGACCGACUUCAUCCUUUGGAGGCGAAACACGCCGUCGAUCUUCUCGAGCAGGACAUACGUAACACCGAGAUCCAGAUUCAGAAUAUCUUUACCGACGUGCACACUCUUACCGAGGGACGAUACAGUCAGGCGGCCGAACUGCACAAAAGGGUUCAAAAGCUACAUCAACGGUGGGUCGCGUUGCGAUCUCUUCUUCACAAACGUUUGGUACAGCCGCUUUCGGCCGUUUCGUUCCCGGUCGAGGAACGCGUGGUCACGAAACACCGCACCACCGUGCACGAGACCCGGCUGGUCGACACGAAUCCGCACUUCCGUUCGUUGCACGAUUGCAUCGACUGGUGCAAGGCGAAGAUCAAGCAGCUCCAGGACGCUGAUUACGGGUCCGACUUGCCGAGCGUGCAGAACGAAUUGGACGUCCAUCAGAAGGAGCACAAGAACAUAGAGCAAUUCCAUCCCAAGGUUGACAGAUGCGUGCAGGCAAAGAGUCAUUUCCACGGCGAGGAGUCGACCUUGUACAGCCAACAUUUGGCCGUGCUUCAGAAACUUUACACCGAGUUGUUGGCCGCCUCGAACAAGAGGCUCUCCGACCUCGACACGCUUCUCGAUUUCAUACAAUCGGCCACAGGCGAGUUGGUCUGGUUGAGCUCCAAGGAGGAGACGGAAGUGACGCGCGACUGGAGCGACAAGAAUUUGAACGUGCAGAGCAUCGAACAGUAUUACGAGUCCCUGAUGAGCGACCUGGAGAAGCGAGAGAUCCAGUUCUCAGCGGUGCAGGACCGGGGCGAGGCUUUGGUCCUUCAACACCAUCCUGCCGCCAAAACUAUCGAGGCCUAUAUGUCCGCGAUGCAGAGCCAAUGGGCCUGGCUUCUUCAAUUGACCCUUUGCCUGGAGGUCCACUUGAAGCACGCUGCCCAGAGCCAGCAAUUCUUCCGCGAUAUCCAACAAGCGGAGCAGUGGAUCUCGAAGAGGGACGAGACUCUGAACACCAUUUAUUCCCAAUCUGAUUUCUCGUUGGACGAGGGGGAACGAUUGUUGAAAGGUAUGCAAGAAUUGCGGGAGGAGUUGAACGGUUACGGGGACCACGUGCAAAAGCUGGUCGACCAGGCCAAGGACGUGGUCCCUAUGAAGCAGCGGAGGCAGCCCGUGACGCGGCCCAUGCAAGUCGCAUGCGUGUGCAGUUACAAACAGGUUAACAUGUCGAUCGAGAAGGGCGAGCAGUGCACGCUGUACGACAACUCUGGCAGAAUAAAGUGGCGAGUGAAGAAUCAGGAGGGGAUCGAGACGCCCGUGCCAGGCGUUUGCUUCGCUCUCCAACCGCCGGACAAGGACGCCCUCGACGCAGCGGAAAGACUGCGGCGGCAGUACGACAGGAGCAUCGCGUUGUGGCAACGGAAGCAGCUACGGCUGCGGCAAAACAUGAUAUUCGCUACCAUCAAAGUGGUGAAAGGUUGGGAUUUGCCUCAGUUCUUGGCGAUGGGUCAGGAUCAAAGGACAGCAAUCAGGAAGGCGUUGAACGAGGACGCGGAGAAAUUGUUGUCCGAGGGGGACCCGGCCGACCCCCAAUUGAGACGGUUGAAGAGGGAGAUGGCAGAGGUGAACAAGCUGUUCGACGACCUGGAGAAACGCGCGAGGGCGGAAGAGGAGUCGAAGAACGCCGGGCGCAUCUUCAACGAGCAGAUCUCCACCCUUCAACAAUCCCUGGACGAGGCGGAGAGGCUCUUGAACAACCGGGUGGCGGCUCCGUUGCCCAGGGACAUGGACACCCUGGAACACCUGGUGUUGCAGCACAAAGACUUCGAGCAAAGCCUGAGACGGUUGGCCCCCGAUCUCGACAGGGUUCAGCAAACAUUCCGCGGUAUCACCUUGAAGACGCCCGCGAUGAGGAACAAACUGGACGCCGUGACCACCAAGUGGACCCAGAUCUGGAACUCGAGCAAUCUGUACAUCGAGCGAUUGAAGUGCGUGGAGAUAGUGCUCUCGAGGCUCGAGGAGAAUACUACGGCUAUAUCCGAGAUCGAGGUGAAGCUGGCCUCGUUCGACGAGCUCCCCUCGGAUAUAAAGGGAUUGCAAAACGUGUUGGAGGAUUUGAUGGUGCUUCAGAACGCCAUCGCCCAACAGCAGACAGCGAUGGAUCAGCUGAACGAGGACGCGCACAACGCUAGACGGCUGGUCGAGAAGUCGAGAGGGAGCCAUCGUGGCCCUCACUCGGACGUGGACCGCUUGGACGACGAGGUGAACAGGCUGAAUUCCAGGUGGACCAACAUCUGCGGCCAACUGGUGGACAGGCUUCGUAGCGCGGAAACAGCUUACGCGUUGGCCCAGCAAUUGGAGCACUCUUACAGAAACGAGGUCGAUUUCGUCGACGAGUCGUACAACAGACUCGAGAUGGAGAACGCGAAGAACCUGUUGAACAGAGUGGUGGAACGAGCACCUGCGAUCGAAGCGGUAAAUGUGACGGGAGGUCGAUUGAUUCGCGAAGGAAAGAUCUACGGACAAAGGCUUCGAGCGUUCAAGGAACAAUUGGAAGAUAUCUGCCCGUCUUUGGAUGCUUCGGUGAAAAAGCCUCGUCGAGAGUUCGUCUCGACGGUGGACGACAUCGCGCGUGAUCUAGAUACCCUCAACAGAAGAUACACCACGCUUGUCAAUAUACUUCAGGAUCGGGUUAGACAGCUGGCAACGCAAUACCCCGAGGACACGUCUCUACAGCGCGCUCUCCAGGAGCAGAGGCCGCUGAGGACGUUCCGCACCGAGUUCAACAUAUACGAGAACAGCAGCUGCGAGGAACGUUACACCUCCACGACCACCCACUACACACAAUCGCAGUACAGCCUGGAACGACACGAGAGGACUGAGCGCACUGAGAGGAGGGAGAUAAGCGAGAGGAGCGAGACCAUCGUCUCGUCCAGCGACGCUGUACGACGCUCCAGUUCCCAGGAGAGCGCUCGCCUGGAGAGUGGAAGCGGAUCUAUCGGUCAGGAUGGCGGGACGCCGACCCGGGAGAUCGAGGUCGAAGAAAAAUCGUCUCGAAAACUGGAGGAGAAGGAGGAGAAGGAGAAGAGGAGGAGGACGAUGACGUCAUCGAGCCUCGUCGACGCCACUACCAGCGAGCGUUCUAGCGAGAUUAGGAGUUUAAAGAGGAGCUUAGAGAGGGCGGAAGAGGGCGUAGGUAGAGAGAACGUAAUCGAUGCUAGGGGUAUCGUAGAUCCACGUACCGGGCAACUGUUGACCGUGGGCGAGGCGAUAAACCUUAGGAUCUUGGACGUUAGGAGGGGUAGGAUAACGUGCUCGAGGGACGGGAAAAGCACUUCCGUCACUAUAGAGGAAGCGGCGCGCGAGAAGAUGAUCGAGACGCGUCUCGCCGACCGUCUCCUAGGUCCGUGCGGAUACGACGAGGAGGGACGGCCGGUGUCUCUGCUCGGGGCGAUCCAGCGGGAGCUGUUCGACGCCGAGAAAGCGGACGGUGUUGCGGGAGAUAGAGCGAAGGUAACUUACUACAGAGAGUGUGGUGGAGGAGGAGGGAGUAGACCGGCGGCGGCCGAUGAGGUUAGCGCGGUUAGCGUAGCCGAUGCGAUGAUGAGGGAGGAGCACGACGACGACCGCGACGACAGAGACGGGGACAAACACGACGACGAGGACGUAGGCAGGUUGGGAGAGGCGGCUUUGGAUCCGCGCACGGGCGAGCUCGUUACCGAGGGCGGCGAGAGGCUGUCGGUCGAGGAGGCCCACGCGAGGGGCUACCUGGCCAAGUUAGACGUGACCGUGACGGUGAAGAGGGGGGGCGCGUUCACCCUCUCCGACGCGAUAAACCACGGCCUGGUGGACGAGGCGGGCCGUGUCCUGGAUAGGAUCACGGGCGAGUACCACACCCUCGACGAGGCCGUCGAGAAGGGGAUCCUGGAUCCGACCGUGAAGGAGAUCGUCGACCCGAGGACAGGGAACGACAAGAUCACCCUACGCGAAGCCCUCCACCUGGGCACGAUCGAUUCGAGGAGCGGGAAAUACGUGACAGUGGAGAGAGAGGGGAGGAAGAGGAGGAGGAGCUCUAUGUCGCUGAAGGAGGCGCGUAAGUCGCGCCUAAUAGCCGAGCCUAUGACCUUGAAAGAUUGCCACGACGCGGGGAUGAUGGACGAAAGGGGGAGCAGCGUCGCGAGCCCGAGCAAGCGCGGGUUAAAGUUGUCCCUGAUGGAGGCGAUGCGGGUGGGGAUCCUCGACGAGGAUCGGUUGAGAUCCGUCACGGAUACGAGGACCGGCGAGAUGGUGACGUUGGCCGAGGCUGUGAGGCGCGGCCUGAUCGAUGCUGGAAGGGGGACGUACGUGGACGCGAGCACCAACGAGGAGACUAGUGUCUCGGAGGCCGUGGAGAGAGGGCGGAUCGUGUCGCUCGUUCGCAGAACGAUAUUCGACGUGGACGGGUUCAAGGAUCCGUCGAGCGGGGAAUACGUGAGCUUGAACGCAGCGCUGCUCAAAGGUUUGAUCCGGUCGGAGUCGGGUGGCGGUGUCUACGCGGUGGAUCCGGGCAGCGGGACGUCGAUCUCGUUGGCGGAGGCCGAGGAGCGGGGCUACGUCCGGCCCGAAGUGUCCGAGAUGCUGAACCGGGGGAUCGGGAUGGCGAGGGAGGGUAGAGAGAUGACGCUGCUCGAGGCGAUUCUCUCCGAGUCGAUCGACCCGAGGACGGGGAUGUUGUUGGAUCGUAGCCGCGGCAGGAGACCGAUACCUCUCGAGGACGCCAUCAAGAGGGGCCUCAUCACUCCCGAUGGCGCUGCGUUGCUCACCGGUCUUUUGAACAUCACCGUCACCACGCAGACGAGAAGGAAGGAAAUUCGGGAGGAGAGGGGUAGAAUGGACGAUACGGAUGUGGUCGAUAACGCGGUUUCCUUCGACGACGACGUUCCAAGAGCGAUAGGCACGACCACCACCAUUAUCGCCAAAGAUCGCGUGGUCUCGAGGGACGCGAGAACGAGGACGAACGAACCGAUUGACUCGUCGUCAGGAGGCUCCUUCUCGGGGUGGGUACUCGAGCGCAAGGAUCCGGAUCAAGAUCAGGACACGAGCGUGGCGAACGAGUUCGCGAAGGAGGAGGACGGAGCGGGUGGGGGUUGGUCGACGACCGAGAAACGAGUGUUCGAAUUGCCCACCGACGGUUGGUCCCUGUCCGAGGCGAUCGAGAGAAAAUUGUUCGACCCGACCACAGGCCUGUUCAUAAUACCAGGCACGGACAGGCUAGUCUCGUUCGAGGAGUGCGUCAAGUUACGGAUAAUCGAUCCCAACUCGAGCCUCGUGAUCGAUCCGAGCAACGGGAGAAAAGUUUCCCUUCUACGAAGUUUGGAGAAGAGCAUCCUCGACUCGACCGGCCAUUACACGAGCCCGCGAAAGAUCACGAUGAAGGAGGCGAUCGACCAAGGAUUGAUCGUUCUCGACGACGGCAACCGAACGGAGACGGAGACGAAGUACGACGAGAACACCUCGUCGCAACACAGGCUUCUACGAAUCACGAAAGUAGUCGGCGAACCGGACAAACUGGAGGUGACCCGAUCUGACGACCCGUCCAAACGAUUCGAGAUAAAAAUCUCCGAGGCGGGCCACUCCAUACCCGACCCGGUCAGAGUUUCCCGAGGCCUGAUCUACGAUCCUAGCACUGCGCUCGUCAUAUCGACGGAGAGCGGAAGAUCGACCGAGUUGCUUCAAGCUUUGUCCGACGGCACUCUACCGCCCGAGUUGGUCCUAGUUAAAGAUCCCGCCACGGGGAGGGACGUUUGCAUAACCGAAGCUGUGCAGCGUGGAAUCGUGGAUUCGGACACGGCGCGUUACAACUUGGACAAACGUAGAAAGAUAUCCCUCCUCGACGCUGCGAAAUUCGGUAUAGUGAGCGUGAUUGGCACGCCUCUCGUCCCGAUCGCUUCGUCGACCACGCCCACCAAAGACCACGGUGUCCCCGCCUACAGGACGGAGGCGGAACGAAUCGCGAGGGAGCAAGCGUUAUCUCCCGUCGAUCAGGAAGAAAUUUCCGUGACCGGUAAACCGCCCGCCUCCGUCUCGAUCUCGGAAUCGGAUUCGGCGAUCGGCUCCACCUCGGUCGUCGAUUCAGCCACCGAUUUUUCCCCCACAGCAGCGAGCGAGGAGCCCUCCGUCUCGAGGACGGAGGAGGAAUUGGAGGGUGACUUGAAGUUUCAAUACGCCACCAACGCCAUCGUCGUCCAGCGGCCAUCGCCCGAGACGGAACUCGAAACGGAAACCGAUAUCGUCCUUCAGAAAAUGAGGAAGAGAGUGAUGAAGACGAGAGAGGCACUCGAGACUGGAUUCAUCGACGAGGAGACGGCCGAGAUCUUGAGCAAAGAAUCUAUCAUUACCGCAGACGGUAAACCAGUUUCCUCUCUGUCCGACGCCAUUCGAAGCAACCGAAUAGACGCUCGCCGGGGACGGAUAAUCGACCCGCAGAGGGGGGACGUUCUCACCAUUGGCGAGGCCGUGGAGCGCGGUGUCCUGGACCCCGUGAGCGGCGACGUUCUCGUACCGUUGGCGAAAAGUUUGUCGAUCCCCGGCCUCUACCAGCAAGGCCUGCUCGACCCCAGGGAGGGGAAAGUUGUCCAUCCGGAGACGGGCGCCCGCCUCACCCUCGGCGAGGCGAUCCUCUGCGAGAUAGUCGACCCGUUGUCCGAGCUGACCUGCUCCGACGGGCGCGUGGAGACCUUGCGCGGCGCCAUCGAGAGCGACCUCGUCGACCCCGACAGAUCAUUGAUAAAGACGAGGGAAGGGGGCAGCGUGGGCCUGGUCAAAGCUGUGGAGAGCCGCUCCGUGUUCGCAGACUCUCCCAAAGAGGAUCCUCGCCGACAGAGGAGGAUCAUCCCCCCAGCUGGGAUGACGUUCGCCGUAGCCCUCGAGCGAGGUUUGAUCGACGCCUCGGGCAAGGAGAUACGACACCCCAUCACGGAGGAACGCCUACCCCUGGAAGAGGCUAUAAGAGGAAACUUCAUAAUGUCGUUACCCUGUCCCGUCACCUCGGACAGCAUGGAGGUGACCAAAGCGUUGGAGGCUGGGCUGAUCGAUCGAGAGAAAGGGGUGUACGUACAUCCGACGACUGGUACGCCUGUCAGCCUGGCCACAGCCAUCGAGUCGGGUUUGUUGAUCGUGAAGCCGGCCACGGUGACGAGGACGUCGAAGGGGGUGACGGAGACGGUGACGCGUUAUCACACGGUGACCAGGAAAACCGUGGUGAUCUCGCCGGGUUACGAGUUGGCGAGCGGGGACGAGGUGAGGAACGUGGAGACGGGGGACGUUAUGGGGAUCGAGGAGGCUCGAGGGAUGGGGAUCGUGAGGGACGAGGGGUCGGCGAGGAGGGAGCGUUUCACGACCAAGGACGUGAGGACGACGCUCGACCGCGCGUUCGAGAGAGGUUUGCUCGACAUGAGGGAGGGCACUUACACCGAUCCGUCGACGGGGCGCUCGAUGCCUAUUGGACGGGCGAUCGAGAGCGGGUUGUUGGAGGAGGGGUCGUCGAGGAGGGUGGAAAGGAUCGACCGGGUGUACGACGAGGGGACGGAGAGGUUUUUGGAUCCAGAGACGAGGGAGUCGUACACGCUCAGCGAGGCGAUGGAGGUGGGACUGGUGGAUCCGGACACGGUGAUCUACGACACGGGGACAGCGGGCACGGUGACGGCGAGGGAGGCGGUGGAGAGGGGGAUGAUCGACCCCGUCACGGGGAGGACGAGGGAGGAUCGAGGGGGUGGCGCGGUGUCGUUGAAGCAAGCGGCGAAAUUGGGGCUGUUGGCGGUGGUCGCCGCGCCGGUUCUUGCUGGAAAAGCGGUGUACGACGCCUUGGCGAGGAGAGAUGGAGGGGAGAAGGAACGGGUUGGGGAGGAAGAGGAAAAGGCGGCGAGGAAGGGGUCUUCGAGGGUGGACGAAGCCGAGGAAUCGAGGGGGAAGAAGACUCCGGCUCGUGGACAGGGAGCGAUGAAGGAAGCUGUACAAGAGAUGGGUGUCGUCGAAGAAGGAGUGGAAAGGGAGAAGGAAACUAAAAUGGAUAUCGACGGAGAACGGGUAGAGUCGAAGAAAGAAGUCGUGUCGAAAGUGGAUAUGGAGAAGGAACGGGCGGGGAGUAAAAUAGAAUCUGUAACGAAAGUUGAACGAGUAGAACCUGAAUUAAAAGUGGAUGUAGACGGAGAAAAACUGGAGAGGAAGAAAGAACCCGUAGAAUCGAAAAAGGAAUCUGAACUAAAAAUGGAUGUAGACAGAGAACAAAUGGAGAGAAAGAAGGAACCUACGUCAAAAGAUGAUUUAAAACAAGCAGAACCGAAAAAGGAAUCUGAACUAAAAAUGGAUGUAGACAGGGAGGAAGUGGAGAGGAAGAAAGAACCUAUGUCAAAAGAUGACGUAAAACAAGUAGAACCGAAAAAGGAAUCUGAAAUAAAAAUGGAUGUAGACAGAGAGGAACUGGAGAGGAAGAAAGAAACCGUAGAAUCGAAAAAGGAACCUGAACUAAAAAUGGAUGUAGACAGAGAACAAAUGGAGAGAAAGAAAGAACCUAUGUCAAAAGAUGAUUUAAAACGAGUAGAAUCGAAAAAGGAACCUGAAUUAAAAAUAAAUGUAGACAGGGAGGAAUUGGAGAGGAAGAAAGAACCUGUAUCAAAAGGUGAUGCGGAACAAGUAGAACCGGACAAGAAACUCGUAUCAGAAAUGGAUGUAGACAGAGAAGAAGUGGAAAGGAAGAAAGAACCCGUGGAAUCGAAAAAGGAACCUGAACUAAAAAUGGAUGUAGACAGAGAACAGGUGGAGAGGAAGAAAGAACCCGUAUCAAAAGAUGAUUUAAAACAAGCAGAACCGAAGAAGGAACCUGUGCCAAAAGUAGAUGUAGACGAAAAACAGGUGGAGAGCAAGAAAGAACCGGUAUCUAAAAUUGAUGCUGAACAAGCAGAACCGAAGAAAGAACCUGUAUCCAAACUAGCUGGUGACGAAAAACAAGUAGAACACAAGAAAGAAUCUGAGAUGGAUAUUAACAAAGAACGAGUAGAAACGAAGAAAGAAUCUGUAUCAAAACCAGACAUAGACAAAGAAUCCAGAGAAUCUGUAUCUAAAAUAGACAUUGACAAAGAAUUGAUAGAGAGCAAGAAGGAAUUUGUAUCAGAAAUGGACAUAGAUAUCAAGAAGGAAUUUGUACCAAAAGUGGAUGUUGACAGAGAACAAGUGGAAACAAAGAAGGAAUCUGUAUCAAAAGUAGAUAUUGACAAAAAACUGACAGAGAGCAAGAAGGAAUUUAUAUCAGAAAUGGAUGUUGCUAGAGAAACUGUAUCAACACUAGACAUUGACAAAGAACUGAGAGAGAGCAAGAAGGAAUUUGUAUCAGAAAUAGACAUAGAUAUCAAGAAGGAAUUUGUAUCAAAAGUGGAUGUUGACAAAGAACUGAUAGAGAGCAAGAAAGAAUUUGUAUCAGAAAUGGAUGUUGCUAGAGAAACUGUAUCAACAAUAGACAAAGAACUGAUAGAGAGCAAGAAGGAAUCUAUAUCAGAAAUGAAUCUUACCAGAGAAUCUGUACCAAAAUUAAACAUUGACAAAGAACUGAUAGACAGCAAGAAGGAAUUUGUAUCAAAAUUAGACAAAGAACUAAUAGAGAGCAAGAAGGAGUUUGUAUCAGAAAUGGAUGUUACCAGAAAGUCUGUAUCAAAACUAGACAUUGACAAAGAAUUAAUAGAAAGUAAAAAGGAAUUUGUAUCAGAAAUGGACAUAGAUAGCAAGAAAGAAUUUGUGGAUGUUGCCAGAGAACAAGUGGAAACAAAGAAGGAAUCUGUAUCUAAAAUAGACAUUGACAAAGAUCUGAUAGAGGGCAAGAAGGAAUUUGUAUCAAAAAUGGACGUUACCAGAGAAUCUAUAUCAAAACUAGAACUAGACAAAGAAGAACUGAUAGAGAGCAAGAAGGAAUUUGUAUUAGAAAUGGAUGUUACCAGAGAAUCUAUAUCAAAACUAGAACUAGACAAAGAAGAAUUGAUAGAGAGCAAGGAGGAAUUUGUAUCAGAAAUGGAUCUUACCAGAGAAUCUGUAUCCAAAAUAGACAUUGACAAACAACUGAUAGAGAGUAAAAAGGAAUCUGUACCAAAACUAGAUACUGACAAAGAACUGAUAGAGAGCAAGAAAGAAUUUGUAUCAGAAAUGGACCUAGAUAGCAAGAAAGAAUUUGUGGAUAUUCCCAAAGAACGAGUGGAAACGAAGAAGGGAUCUGCAUCAAAACUAGAACUAGACAAAGAAGAACUGAUAAAGAGCAAGAAGGAGUUUGUUGAAACUGUAUCAAAACUAGACAUUGACAAAGAAUUGAUAGAAAGCAAGAAGGAUUUCAUAUCAAAAAUGGAUGUUGCCAGAGAAACUGUAUCAAAACUAGACAUUGACAAAGAACUGAUCAAAAACCAAUCAGAAAUAAGCUUCGACAAUGAACAAUUAGAAAAGGAGAAAUCCGUCUCUAAGCUGGAAGAAACGAAGGAACAAUUUACCUCGAAACUGGAUAUGGACGAAAUCCUAGUAGACAGCAAGAAAGAACCCAAACUGUCCAAAGUGGAAGAGAAACAAGAUAUCGGCGAAGAGCGAAGAGGAAAGGAGCCGGAUACGGAGAAACGAGAGGAAUCGACGAGCGAGGAAGAAGACGGGGAAUCGGAGGAGUCCGAGGAGAGAUUGACGAUCCGAGUGACGGCCGAUCUGACGUCUGGGGAUCUGGUCGCUCGUGGGGCGUACGAUCCCGACAAGGAGAAGUUCGUGGACCCGGAAACCGGAGAAGUCGUCUCGUUCCACGACUUCGUGUUGGAGCUAGGGAUCUUCGACCCGGACCACGUUCUCGUCAAGGAUCUAUCUUGCAAAACGAUGGACAGAUACGUGUCCCUCCGCGAAGCGAUCGCCAAGCCUCUGGUCGAUCGAAAUCUCGGAUACAUGGUCGACCCCAAAACCGGCAAAAGGAUACCGUUCUUCGAGGCCGCGAGAUCAGGCUUGAUAAAGGAAAGGCCUGCGAUGCCCAAGUCGGCGAUCGACGGCCAGCAAGCCUCGUUAACGCUACGCGACGCUGUGGAGAUCGGCCUCCUCGACCCGUCCACCCGCCAGCUACGCGACCCGGCCACCGACCGAACCUUCCCGUUGAACGAAGCGAUCCAACUCGGCCUGAUCGACCCGAACUCGAUCGACGUCCGGGACCCGGUCAACGACGAGCUCUCCUCCCUUCAAGAGGUGUUGGAAUCCGGGGCUAGGAUCGACGUCGAGGAGGCGUUCGUCAAGGGGCUGAUCGUGCCUGAAUCGCGGAAGCCGAUCUCGUUGGAGGCCGCCAUCAGGAAGGGGUUGUACGACGAGGCGACGGGCAGGAUAAGGGACCUGCUCACCGACCAGCUGAUAGACGUGGAGGAGAGCGUGAGGAGGGGUAUAAUCGACCCGUUGAUCACCGAGUGCGGGGACAGCAAGGCGGGGACGUUCUUGUCGUUGGAGGAGGCGCUUCGAGAGCCUCGGUUGUUCGACUCCUCGACCGGCCGCCUUCGGGACACGAGGAGCGGCGAGUCGCUCGCGUUGAGCGCAGCCCUCGACAGAGGUUUGAUAACCACCUGCGGGUUCGCGCCCACCCUGAUCGACGCCAUAGUGCGAGAGUAUUACUGCCCGAGGACGGGCCUCGUCUCGAAUCCGAGGACCGGCGAGGAGACCACGUUGAGGGAGGCGUUGGACACGGAUUACGUGGACGGGGGGACGACGGUGGUGAGGGACGACAGGAGCGACGAGGUGCUGUCCCUGAGGGAGGCCGGGGAGAGGCGACUGAUCGAUCUGGAGAGAGGGAUCCUCACCUCUCCCCACUCGAUGACGUUGAACGUGGCGUACGAGAAGGGCUACAUCCUGAGCACCGUCAAGCCUUGGUCGUUGCAACAGGCGUUGGCCCAUCAAACCUACGACCCGGAUCGGGGCCUGUUCGUGAUAGACGGGGUCGGUUACACCCUCGAGGACGCGUUGGAGAAGGGGUUGAUAGCCAGGGACAGCCCGUCGGUAAGGGACCCUAGGAGCAGCGAGAUCAUCUCUCUGGGCGAGGCUAUAGAGGCAGGCCUGAUCGACCCUAGAACCGGCACCGCCCUGGAUCCGUCCACGGCCGGCCAAAUCUCGUUGACGGACGCCGUGGAACGGGGCCUGGUCGUCCCCGCCAAGCGCAAGAUAUCCCUGCCCGAGGCUGUGUUCAAAGGGCUUUACGAGCCGGCCACGGGACGUUUCAUCGUGCCCGAGACGAGCGAGAAGUUGCAGACCGACAGGGCGAUCAAAGUUGGCGCCAUAGAUCCGAGCACCGCGGUGGUCGUCCGCCAACCUCACGGCCGAGCCAUCACGUUCAGCAAGGCCAUCAAGGAGCUGAUAGUGGACCCGAAGACGGGCACCGUGGCCAACGAGAAGGGGAAGCCGAUCGAUUUCCGCGAGGCGCUCGAGCGCGGGUUGCUCCUCGAGGCGCGCCGCCCUAUGACCUUCAGCGAGGCGAUCUCGAAAGGGAUUCUGGACGAGAGGACGAACAAAUUCUUGGACCCCCAGACAGGGGUCUACCUGAGCCUGGUCGAGGCGGUGAAGGGGAACUUGAUAGACGCGGACUCGGUGACGGUGAAGGACGGGAGGAGCGGUUUCCGGGAGAGGAUAUGCCUGACCGAGGCGAUCAGGAGCGGGUACAUAGACGGUUGGUCGGGCAGGGUUAGGGUGACGGCCGACUCGAGCAUGUCGCUACGCGAGGCUUACGAGGCCGGGCUGAUAGUGGAUCACAGGGCUGCCGUCUCGUUGCAAAGGGCGAUCCACCAGGGGUUGUACGACCCUCGCACGGGCAAGAUAACGGACCCGAGCACGGGGAGGGCGGUCACGUUGCACGAGGCGAUGAGGAAUUGCCUGGUCAGCCCCGUCCUCCCCUGUUACUGGGACAAGAGGGCGGCCAGGUUGCUCUCGCUCGCUGAGACGUGCAGGGCGGGGGUGAUAGACAGGCGGACGGGGAUGUUCAGGGAGCAAGGAACGGGCGCCGCAGCGGUCACGUUGACCGAGGCCCUCGAGACGGGCCUGAUCGUCGACAUCGAGAGCCCCCUCUGCCUCCAUCAAGCGAUCGCGAUCAACGUUUACGAGCCGGCCACGGGCUCGUUCCGUCAUCCGACCACGAACCGAAAGCUCACCCUUGCCGAGGCAUGCGACGCCGAAUUGAUCGACCCGUACUCGUCCAUCGUCAGGGACGCCCGCCGCGACGUCUACGUGCCCCUGUCCCUCGCCCUCUCCUCGGAACUCGUGGACGGCACCCGCGGCACAUACCUCGCCCUCCCCUCCGACGAGCCACCGAUCGAUCUGAGGGAGGCCGCGAGAAGGGGCUACGUCGUCCCCUCCAACUUCCCCCUGGCCGUCGAGGCGGCCGUGAACUGCGACUUGUACAGGGGCGAGGAGACGGGAGGGGUGUUCAUCGAUCCCCGCCGCAACGAGAGCCACGACCUGGCCGCGGCGUUCGACAAGGGCCUCCUGGACCCGGCCACCACCGCGCUCAAGGACGGGAUCACCGGCCAACUGGUGGCCGUGGAAAGGGGGAUGGAGAACGGGACGAUCGACGCGGCCCGAUGCCGCGUCCUCGACACGAGGACGGAACGAUUCUACCCGAUCGACGUCGCGUUCGAGCGCGGCCUUCUGCUCACUUUGGACAGGCCUCUCGCCUCUCGAGGCCACCCGCCGCCCCCCUCCCGAGGAUACUCGGCCGUGGGUUGUGGCACGAGGGGGGAGGGGGAGGAGCAGGAGGAGGAGGAGGAGGAGGAGGAGGAGGAGGAGGUGUCGUGGAGUCUGGUGACGGCGAUCGAGAAAGGUCUGGUGGACGCGAGGACGGCCGUGGUGAGGGAUCCUGGGAGCGGCCGCUUCGUGGCGAUCGGGGAUGCGCUGGAGGAAAGGAGGAUCCUCGACCCGUCGUGGACGGGGAGGUUCGGCGGACAGGCGAGGUUGGUCCGCGUCGGAGAGGCGGACGUGUAUCUGGCGCAGCCGUUGGGCCUGGAGGAGGCGAUCGAGAGAGGAUUGUUGGACGGGGAGGGGAGGGUGGUGGAUUCGAGGACGAGGGAACGGGUCACGUUGGGGGAGGCGGUCCGCCUCGGUAUCGUGGACCCCGAGUCGGCAGUGGUGAAGGACACGAGGAGGAGGAGAUUGGUACGGUUGGCGGAGGCGUUCAAGAGGGGGCUGAUGGACGCCGAGAAGGGGAACGUGUUGGAGACGGAGACGUCGAGGCUGUACCCGUUGCCGAGGGCGAUCGAGGCAGACCUGUUGAUCACCCCGAGCCGCGGUUUCUCGCUAAUUGACGCGUUACAGUUCGGCCUUUACCACGCGGAUACCGGUAAAUUUCGCGACCCGUUCCGCCCCGCGGCCCCGCUGUCCACGUUGAAACAGGCGAUCGACUCGGCCUCCAUAGAUCCCACGAGCACCGUGAUCAAAGUGCCCGGGGCCGGUAAAAUCGUUAGUUUGUUAGAGGCGGUCAAUGCCGGGAUAGUAGAUCCUAUAGCGGGCAAGCUUAUCGAAGAUCCAUCGGGAAAGAGGCUUGACUUCGCGAAUGCCCUGGAGCAGGGUUAUAUACUCACCGCAGAAGCUAGGCAAGCGGUCGAGGAGAAGUACAAGCUGUGCGACGAAACGUCCUCGAAAUUGCUGAAAUGGAUAUCCGAGGUGGAGGAGCAGUUGGCCAAUCAGGAGAACGCGAAGGAAGACAUCGAGGAGCUUCGAAAUCAAAUAACCGCUAUGAACAAGAUCAAAGUGGACUUGGAAGCGCAUUCGAGGCCAGUCUCCUCCUGCCUCGAUCAGAUCCGUCAAGUGGUUCUGACGGGUGGCAACGUGUUGUCCAGCGAGGAGGUGUCCACGUUGGAGAAGAACGGCCGCUCCUUGAAGACGAGGUUCGACAAAGCCUCGGAUCGUACCGAGAGAAUGGUGAAACGGUUGAACGCGGCCAGAGACGAGUUGGUCAAAUUCAAGAACGAGUUGUCGACGUUCUCGCACUGGUUGGAGGGCGCGAGAAGAAUUCUCGAGAAGAAGGAGCACUCGCUGUCGGACCUGAACCGGUUGCACGCGAGCACGGAUUCGACGCGCGACUUCAUCAGCGACGUGAUAGCCCAUCAAGCGGACCUCCGUUUCAUCACGAUGGCCGCCCAAAAGUUCGUGGACGAGGGGAAGGAGUUCCUGCACGCGUUGAACGAGUUUCGCGCCAACCUCCCCCAACCGCUGCCCGCCAGGGAGGCGAUCCCCUCCGAGGAAUCGGCCGUCCGGGGCGAGGUGGGCCUCGUCUCCUCCCGCUACAAGGACCUGCUCGCCCGCGCCAACCUCCUCUCCGACAAGCUGUCCGGGGUGGGGGGCAGGCAGAGGGACUAUCGGGAGUGGCUGGAGAAGGCCAGGGGUUGGCUGAGGGAGAUGGAGCCGAGGGUGAACAGGGCCGUGUCGGAGGCGACCGCUGCCGAGCCGAAGCAGGUGGAGGAGCAGUUGGGCAGGAUAAAGGCGUUGAACAAGGAGAUGGUGGGCAACGAGCGGUUGGUUGGGAACGUGAGGUCGAGCCUGGAGGCCCUCCUCGGCUCCCUGGAGCUCGUGAACGAGGGUAGCCAGGUGGACGCCUCCCACCUUCGAGACGAGGCCGAGGAGGUGGGCGAGCGGGCGAGCGAGCUGAAGUCGAGGCUGGACGCCAGGUACGAGGAGUUGGAGAGCGCCGCCUCGGCUGUCGGCCAGUUCUACGAGCGGGCGAAGAGCGUGGGCCAGCAGGUGGCCUUGGUCGAGAGGGAGCUGGACUCGAUGAGGGCGUCGAGCAGGGAGGUGAAGGCGUUGAGGGCGCAGAUGGAGGAGGCGGGGAGGGCGAUGGCCAAGGUGGGCCGCCUCUACGAGGAGGUCUCGAGUUUGGAGAGGCUGGGCGAGCGGCUGGCCGACUACGGCGUGGCGGCCGGGUGCGCCUCGGUCGGGGAACAGGUGGAGCAGUUGAAGCGGCAGGUGGGCAGGUUGGACGAGCGGUCGCGCGACCGCCACCACGAGCUCUCCUCAACCCUGGACAAGUUGCAAGAGUUCCACAGGGCGCACGGUUGCGCGAUGGAAGGGAUCGAGGAGGCGAGCGAGCGGGUGAGGCGGUUGAAGCCGGUCGGCUCCGAGGUCGAGUCGAUCAAGGCGCAACAGGAGGACUUCAGGGUGUUGAAGGGGGAGAUGAUAGAGCCGUUGGCGCGUUCCGUGGACGAGUGCAACGGGGCCGGGCAAGCGUUGAUCCAGACGGCGGGCCGCGACGUGAGCACGGCCAACAUCGAGAGGGACUUGGACAGGAUGAACGAGAGGUGGAACGAUCUGAAGGAGAAGCUGAACGAGCGGGAUCGUAGGUUGGACGUGGGACUGCUUCAAUCGGGCAAGUUCCAGGAGGCGUUGGACGGCCUUCAGAAAUGGUUGGCCGACACCGAGGAGAUGGUUUCGAAUCAGAAGCCUCCCUCCUCGGACUACAAGGUGAUCAAGGCGCAGCUACAGGGUCAGAAGUUCCUGAGGAAGAUGCUGAUGGACAGGCAAAACUCGAUGUCCUCGUUGUACAACAUGGGCCAGGAGGUGGCGGGCGGGGCCGACCCCAAGGAGCGGAAGACGAUCGAGAAGCAGUUGAAGGAAUUGGUGGGCAGGUUCGACGAUCUGACGGAGAGCGCGGCGGAGAGGAUGGAGGCGUUGGAGCAAGCGAUGGGCGUGGCGAAACAGUUCCAGGACAAGCUGGUCCCCCUCUCGAUCUGGUUGGACAAGACGGAGAAACGGGUGAGGGACAUGGAACUGGUGCCGACCGACGAGGAGAAGAUCCAACAGCGGGUGACGGAGCACGACGGCCUCCACGAGGACAUCCUCUCGAGGAAGCCCGACUUCAGCGAGCUCACCGAGAUAGCCAGCCAACUGAUGGCGUUGGUCGGGGAGGACGAGGCUGCCGCGUUGGCCGACAAGCUUCAAGACGCGGCCGACAGGUACGCGGCGUUGGUCGAGCGUUCCGAGGCUCUCGGCGGUUUGCUGCAACGCUCGAGGCAAGGGUUGCGCCACCUGGUGCUCAGCUACCAGGAGCUUCAAGCCUGGAUGGAGGGGAUGGAGAUGAGAUUGUCCAAGUACAGGGUGUUGGCAGUGCACACUGAGAAGCUUCUCCAGCAGAUGGAGGAUCUGGCCGACCUGACCGAGGAGGUGUCGAGCCGUCAGACCGAGGUCGACGGGACGACGGACGCCGGCCUCGAGCUGAUGAAGCACAUAUCGAGCGACGAGGCGUUGCAAUUGAAGGACAAGCUCGACUCGUUGCAACGGCGGUUCAACGACCUGGUCAGCCGGGGCUCCGACCUGUUGAAACACGCCCAGGAGUCGUUGCCCCUCGUCCAGCAGUUCCACGACAAUCACAAUCGGUUGAUGGACUGGAUGCAGGCGGCCGAGUCCGCCCUGCAGUCGGCCGAGCCACGCGAGGACGAGAUCGUCCGUUUGGAGAUGGAGAUAUCCGAGUACAGGCCCGUCCUCGACAAGAUAAACGCGGUGGGCCCCCAGUUGUCCCAGUUGUCGCCGGGCGAGGGGGCCGCCACCAUCGAGGCGUUGGUCACCAGGGACAACAGAAGGUUCGACGCGAUUGCCGAGCAGAUUCAACGGAAGGCGGAGAGGAUACAGUUGAGCAAGCAACGCUCCCUCGAGGUGAUAGGGGACAUAGACGAUCUGUUGGAGUGGUUCCGCGAGGUGGACAAUCAGUUGAGGGAGGCCGAGCCGCCCAGCAGCGAGCCGGAGAUCAUCAGGGUUCAAUUGAAGGAGCACAAGGCGCUGAACGACGAUAUCUCGAGCCAGAAGGGACGCGUAAGGGACGUGAUCUCGACGGCGAAGAAGGUGAUCCGGGAGAACAGCCGGCACGAGGACACGUCGACCAUCAGGGAGAACAUGGAGGACCUUAGGGAGACGAUGGAGAUCGUGUCGGGUCUCUCCGCGGACAGGCUCGGCGCCUUGGAGCAAGCGUUGCCCUUGGCCGAGCAUCUGCGCGACACCCACGUAGGCUUGGUGAGCUGGUUGGAGGAGGCCGAGCAACAGGUGGCCAUGCUUCCCAUGCCCGCGCUGAGGCCCGACCUGAUAGUCGCCCAGCAGGACAAGAACGAGCUCCUGGUGCAGAGCAUCAACGAGCACAAACCGUUGGUCGAGAAGUUGAACAAGACCGGCGAGGCUCUGAUAAAGUUGUGCAACGAGGAGGAGGGUAUGAAGAUACAGGACAUCCUGGAAGCGGACACGGCCCGGUACGCGGCCCUCAGGGCGGAACUUCGAAGCAGGCAGCAAACGUUGGAGCAAGCGCUUCAAGAAUCGUCCCAGUUCUCCGACAAGUUGGAGGGAAUGCUGCGCGCCCUUUCGUCCACGGCGGACCAGGUGAACGGGGCCGAGCCGAUAAGCGCCCAUCCGGGCAGGUUGAGGGAUCAAAUGGAGGAGAACUCGGCCCUGAUCGACGAGUUGGCGCAGAGGUCGGAGGCGUACGCGGCCGUGAAGAGGGCGGCCGACGACGUGAUAAGCAAGGCCGGGAACAGGGCCGAUCCGGCCGUGAAGGACAUCAAACGAAAGUUGGAGAAGUUGAACAAGUUGUGGGCCGACGUGCAAAAAUCGACCACCGAUCGAAGCCACACCCUCGACGAUGCCCUCCAAAUCGCGGAGAAAUUCUGGUCCGAGUUGAACGGGGUGAUGUCCACUCUGCGAGAGUUGCAGGACGCGCUGGCGGGCCAGGCACCGCCCGCCGCACAGCCGGCCGCCAUACAGCAGCAACAGGUCGCCCUGCAGGAGAUCAGGCACGAGAUCGAUCAGACGAAGCCGGACGUGGAACAGGUGCGCGCCUCCGGCCACGAGUUGAUGGGUUUGUGCGGGGAGCCGGACAAGCCGGAGGUGAGGAAGCACAUCGAGGAUUUGGAUCAAGCGUGGGACAACGUGACCGCUUUGUACGCGAGGCGGGAGGAGAAUCUGAUCGACGCGAUGGAGAAAGCUAUGGAGUUCCACGAGACGUUGCAGAAUCUUCUCGAGUUUUUGGAGGAGGCCGAGGAGAAAUUCGCCCGCAUGGGACCCCUCGGGAGCGACAUCGACGAGGUUAAGAAACAGAUCAAACAAUUGGCCAAUUUCAAAGCGGAAGUAGAUCCUCACAUGGUCAAGGUCGAGGCUCUCAACAGGAGUCUGACAAGACAAGCCGCCGAAUUAACGGAGAGGACGUCGUCGGAGCAAGCGGCGGCCAUAAAGGAGCCGUUGGGCGCGGUGAACAAACGAUGGGACGGAUUGCUUCGGGGUCUCGUGGAGAGGCAGAGGUUGCUGGAGAACGCGUUGCUCCGCCUCGGGCAAUUCCAACACGCGUUGGACGAGUUGUUGGUGUGGAUCGAGAAGACGGACGACACGUUGGACAAUUUGAAGGCGGUCGCCGGGGACCCUCAGGUGAUCGAGGUGGAGCUUGCCAAGCUGAAGGUGUUGGUGAACGAUAUCCAGGCCCAUCAGACGAGCGUGGACACGUUGAACGACGCGGGCAGGCAAUUGAUCGAGGACGGGAAGGGAACGGCCGAGGCAUCAACGACCGCCGAGAAGCUGGGCACGCUGAAUCGCCGUUGGCGCGAUCUGUUGCAGCGCGCGGCCGACCGUCAACGGGAACUGGAGGACGCUCUGAGGGAGGCGCAGUCGUUCACAGCCGAGAUCCAGGAUCUGUUGUCGUGGCUGGGCGACGUGGACAACACCAUCGUUGCCUCGAAGCCUGUCGGCGGUUUACCGGAAACGGCCACCGAACAAUUGGAGCGUUUCAUGGAGGUGUACAACGAGUUGGAGCAGAGUCGGGGCAAGGUCGAGACCGUGCUCCAACAAGGUCAAGAGUACCUGAAGCGCGCCGAUUCGAGCAGCGCUGGGGGAUUGAGCCACAAUUUGAAGACGUUGAAGCAACGAUGGGACAACGUGACGGCGCGCGCCAACGACAAGAGGAUCAAGCUCGAGAUCGCCCUGAAGGAGGCGACCGAGUUCCACGACGCCCUCCAAGCGUUCGUCGAUUGGCUGACCAACGCGGAGAAGAUCCUGACGAAUUUGAAACCCGUCUCGAGGGUGAUGGAGACGAUCCUCGGCCAGAUAGAGGAGCACAAAGCGUUCCAGAAGGACGUGGGCGUGCACCGCGAGACGAUGCUGAACCUCGACAAGAAGGGGACCCACUUGAAGUACUUCUCCCAGAAGCAGGACGUGAUACUGAUCAAAAACUUGUUGAUAAGCGUGCAGCACAGGUGGGAGAGGGUCGUCUCGAAAUCGGCCGAGAGGACCAGGGCGUUGGAUCACGGUUACAAGGAGGCGAGGGAAUUCCACGACGCUUGGUCCGCUCUGAUGAAUUGGCUGGACGAAACCGAGAGGAUCUUGGACGAGGUAGCCGGGGACGGGGCAGGCCUCGGUGGCAACGACCCGGAGAAGAUCAAGGCGAGGUUGAACAAGCAUCGAGAGUUGCAGAAAGCGCUUAGCUCGAAGCAGGGCGCGUACGACCUUGCGAUGAAGAACGGGAAAUCGUUGAAGGACAAGGCGCCGAAGAGCGACGAGCUCGCGUUGAAGGAAUUGUUGAACGAGUUGAAGAACAAGUGGACGACCGUGUGCGGCAAGUGCGUGGACAGGCAGAGGAGGCUCGAGGAGGCGUUGCUGUUCUCGGGACAGUUCAAGGACGCCGUGCAGGCGUUGCUCGAGUGGCUGGUCAAGUCCGAGAAGCAAUUGGCCAACACGGGGCCGCUGUUCGGCGACCUCGACACGGUCACGAACUUGGUCGAGCAGCACAAAACGUUCGAGAAGGAUCUCGAGUCGAGGGCCACCCAGAUGGAGUCCGUGAUCAGGACGGGGCGCGAGCUCCUCGACAAGGCGACCCAGGACGACGCGGCCGCGAUCGGCUCUCAGCUGGCCGAGUUGAACGACCUCUGGGACACCGUGACCAGGCUUUCGACGGAGAAGACCGGGCGGCUGGAGGCCGCCCUCAGGGAGGCGGAACGGCUGCACAAGGCUGUCCACGUGCUUCUCGAGUGGUUGAGCGACGCCGAGAUGAAGCUGAGAUUCGCCGGACAGUUGCCCGAGGACGAGCAGGAGAGCAGGAACCAGUUGAUGGAGCACGAGAAGUUCCUGCGGGAAUUGAGGGCGAAGGAGGUGGAGAAGGAGCAGACGUUGGAACUGGCGCAGGCGAUCCUCGCCAAGGCGCAUCCGGACGGCGCUCUGGUCAUCAAGCAUUGGAUAACGAUCAUUCAAUCGAGGUGGGAGGAGGUGUCCACGUGGGCCCAGCAAAGGAAUCAGAGGCUUGAGAAUCAUAUGCGUGGACUUCAGGAUCUCGACAAUCUUUUGGAGGAGUUGUUGUCGUGGUUGGAAGGGUUGGAGAACACCCUGAACGCGCUCGAGGCCGAGCCACUGCCGGACGACAAAGCCACUCUGGAAAUGUUGAUCGGGGAGCACAGGGAGUUUAUGGAGAGCACUAGUCGUAGACAGGACGAGGUCGAUCGCGUGUGCAAAGCCAGGCAGAUCAAAUCCGCGAAAGACGCGAAGAAGAUAACGAAGGCUAAGUCGCCCGCGCCAACCCGAGCCAGCCCAGGUCGUGAGAGAACGCCCGAUUCGUUGCCGCACAUCGGCCCACGCUUCCCACCUAAAGGAAGCAAAGGCGCCGAACCUGAGUUCCGUAGCCCGAGAGUGAAACUUUUGUGGGACAGAUGGAGACACGUUUGGAUGUUGGCUUGGGAACGUCAACGCCGUCUACAGGAUAAAUAUAAUUACAUACAGGAAUUGGACCGAGUCGCGAACUUCAGUUGGGAAGAUUGGCGUAAGAGGUUCCUGAAAUUCAUGAAUCACAAAAAGUCAAGGCUAACGGAUCUCUUCAGAAAGAUGGAUAAGAACAACGACGGUUUGAUCCCACGUGAGGAUUUCAUCCAAGGAAUCAUGAAUACCAAAUUUGAGACUUCGAGGUUAGAAAUGGGAGCAGUCGCGGAUCUGUUUGACCAACAUGGCGAAGGAUUGAUAGACUGGAAGGAGUUCAUCGCAGCUUUGAGACCAGAUUGGGAAGAACGUAGGACGUACAAUGAUACGGACAAGAUCCAUGAUGAAGUGAAACGAUUGGUGAUGCUCUGUACUUGUCGACAGAAAUUCCGCGUGUUCCAAGUUGGCGAAGGAAAAUAUAGGUUCGGAGACAGUCAAAAGUUGCGAUUGGUACGAAUUCUACGAUCGACCGUAAUGGUACGAGUCGGUGGUGGUUGGGUAGCUUUGGACGAAUUUUUAUUAAAAAAUGAUCCUUGCCGCGCCAAGGGAAGAACGAAUAUCGAGCUGCGAGAGCAAUUCAUAUUGGCGGACGGGGUCAGCCAGACAAUGACGGCGUUCAGAUCGAAGCCGAGCCCUACCUCCACGUUGCAGCGUACCCAUAUCUCAUCCGCGAGUGCCGGACCCAUCACCAAGGUGAGGGAGCGAAGCGCGCGAAGCGUUCCAAUGGGACAAUCGCGGGCAUCCCGCUCCUCGCUCAGCGCCGGCACGCCGGACAGCCUGAGCGACAACGAGAGUUCCUUCAAGAUUGCCUCGGCAAGGAAAUCGAGUACACCGUACAGAAGCACAAUCACACCUGGAGGUAGUCGACCGUCCUCGAGACCGGCUUCGAGACCAGCAUCCAGACCAACCAGCAGACCCGGAAGUAGACCGGCGUCCCGACAGGGAAGCAAGCCACCGAGUCGAUAUGGAUCCACUCAGUCGUUGGACAGCACCGACGAGUCGACGAACGUGAGCCGUAUUCCGCGAAGAACGGCGGUGAGCACGACGGGAAAUACUCCUACGUCUAGCAGGCACAAUAGCGUUUCAGGGAAACGGCUUGGAACGCCUGUGAACGGGUCGAGUUCGCGGCCCCGAACACCCACAGGGCUUGUUAGCCCCGCGAGUGGUGUCCCAUCCAGGUUUGGCACGAUCCAUAGAGCUUCGAGCAUUCCAACCCUGACUGGUGUCGGCACACCGAUCAGCCGCUCGAGGAUCCCCGUGUACGUGGGCACGGAUAUUAAAUCCCCACAAUCGACGACCAGCAAUAUUUCCACUCAUUCUACGCAAAGCAACCACUCGACUGUUUCUACCGAUUCUACCGGGAGCAGCUCGAUGUGUACAAAUUCAGCCACUAACACCUCGUCGGCCGUUAAGCAAGCUAGAACGAGGACACCGUCCAGUGGAUCGAGCACGCCACUGCCUCCAUCGUUGAAGCUGUCCAGGAAGCCUUCCGGUGCAUCGGACACAUCCGUCUCGACGACGACAACGACAACGACGACGACACCCGCCUCCCAUCGAAAAGGAAAACCGACCCCGGUCGAUCAACGCGCGCCCUUCCGUUUAUAGUAGUCGUCACAGCAGCUCGAGAUAAAAAAAAAAAAAAAAAAAAAAAAUAGGCAAUAAACGGCGGCCGGUUAUGCUUCGAGGAUCGAGAAUAUUAAAUCGAAAGAUCAAAAAUCGCGCGCGCCUGCGAGAGCGCUAUUUAUUAGGAUAUUCUAAUGAUAUAUAUAUAAAUAAUAUAUAAAAAGGAAAAGAAGCAUAAAAAGAAAAAAAAAAAAUAAUGACUCUUCGAACGAGAGGGGUCGCCCGAGAGAGGUUGGUUUGUUGCUUGCUAUCCCUCGUUGCCAAUCGUUGCCAAGCGUUGCCAAGCGUUGCCAAGCUUCUCUCUUUUCCCUUCCCAGCCUCGAACGAACAAAUUAACGAAUUAACGAUUAAGGAGAAGGAUGAGAAGAAGGAGGAGGAAGAGGCUGCCCCUCUCGGGUAUACGCCCCGAAUCGAGUAUAAAAAAGAGCUUAUAUAACACAAUUGAUGAGAUAUUUUGUAAAAAAGAAAAAAAGUAUAGAGGAAAUGACGAUUACGAUGACGACGAUGAAUGGACGCGCGUUCGAAUGAGAGUGAGAGAGAGAGAGAGAGAGAGAGAGAGUGAGCGCGCGAUCCGAAAAAAAAAGGGAAUAAUUGAUCGCGAUAACCGCGAACGUCCGUAUAAUGUACGUAAAUAAAUCGAUACGUACGAGGGGGAGACGUUCGCUCCGCGAAUAUUAUGACGACGACGACGAUGACCGAAAUGAAUUUAACAUUAUUUCGUAAAUAAGUUUUUCUUUACCGAAAGAAUUAGCUCGUAACGAUUAAUUGUAAUUGUAAUUUUACGUUAUCCAUAGGGAUUAUUACUACUACUAUUAUUACUACUACUAUUACUACUGCUACUACUACUACUACUACUACUAUUACUACUACUACUAGGUUUUUACCGGUCGUAACACAAUCGAAGAAACGAGCGUUUCAUGUUCGCGGGUGUAAUGCGUAUUCACGAAUCACGAGAUCGCCGACUUCGUCGAUUCGAUCGAUUCUUUCUUUUUUUCCUCUUCCACGUUUCUUUUCCACGUUGUGUUUCUCUAUUUUUGUUUUCCGUUUUUUUUCUUUCUUUCUAAUUACCAUUCGUUAAUCACCGCUCCGUCUCUCGUUUUUUCACUUUACGAUAGAGAAGAAGAAAAAAGGGCCCCUACGGAAGAGAGCACGAUCGAUAUCAAGAGAGAGUGAGAGUAAGAGAGAGAGACGAAGAAAUAAGCAUCGUGUAAAUAAUGCUCGAUCCUCCUCCGAGUCGGUAUCGCGCCGGGAACUCCACUCCGCGAGUAAGACAAUUUCCUAAAAGAGAAAAAGAAAAAAAGAGAAAAAAAAAAAAAAAAGAAAGAAAAAGACGAAUUUAACGCUACUAUUUACACGCAACACGAUUGCCUUAAGUCUGUCGCCGUAAAACCGCUUUUGCGCGAAAUCGUACCUGCCUUACCGAAGUGAGCCGACCAACGGAUGAACCGAAAGGGCCCUUGAACCAAGUUGUUAUCGGCCGAGCGAACGAAAUAAUGUACGAACAUAACCUGUGUUUCGAUGUCCGGUGGAAAAAGAAGAGAAACCAGUUCCAAGCAACCAGUCUUGUCGGGCUUUACAAACGGUGUAAAUCUAUUUUGCAAAUUUCCUAGCGUUUUCUCCCUUCCUCCAUCCCUUUUUCUUCCUCUUUUUUUUACAUUUUAGAACGCGCGCGCGAGAGAGAGAGAGAGAGAGAAAGAGAAAGCACGAUUCGAGUAACGAACGAACGAACGAAUGAUGCGAUUAAUCUAUUAACUAUUCUUAAAUGUUUAAUCUCUGUUUUCCGCUUUACUUGAAGGUUCUGUAUCGUCGCUAUUACUAAUUGCAGUGGAAAAAAAAAAAUAUACGCAAAACGCACACGCAUUUGACACCAAAAAACAAAAAAAAACAAAAAAAAAAAAAUAAUACGAAAAAAAUGAAAA